AUGGAUCGAUAUUCUUCGGUAGUUUUCAUGCCUUGGGCGAUGAAGCCCUGGCUCGGCGUGGUAUCCGAUUCUUUUGCCAUCUUUGGUUACCACAAGCUCCCUUACAUGAUGAUCGUAAGCGUCCUCGGUCUAGUCGGUACCAUCCUGGCAGUAUCUCUCAACCUGGUCGAGAGCAAUGCGCCGAUUGCGACGGUUGGGCUUUUCAUGGCGAACCUUCAGUUGAUGGGGUAUGACCUGCUUGCUGAGGCAACAUACUCUAGCCGCUUACCAGCUGUCCCCAAAUCUGGACCGGCUCUGGUGAGCUACGUUUGGGUCGGAAAUCAGCUACUGGGUCUCAUCGCGACGCUGCUCGUCGGGUUCAUUGUUGAGAAUGCCGAUGGAGUGUGGGGCCUUGGUGGUGCACAGUGGGCAAUUCUGACAACGAUUUUCACAUCUUCUACUGUUAUCAUACCCGCGACGCUAAACUUCUUCGAGGAGAAGCGAGUGACUAAAGAAGAAGUCAAAGCUCAUCGUGAGCAUUUGUGGAGAAAUCAGACGACUGUUGCCAUUCUGUCGGUUGUGGUCGGAGUUAUGGCCGUGGCUUAUUCUAUCAUCGGCUUGUUAGCGGCCUCGAAUACGGUCACUUUCGUGGCCGGCUUUUUGAGCCUGAUGUUCCUCACUGGCUCGGCAUUUGCUGUGAUGAAGCCAGUGAUCGGAAAGUUGAUGUUGUUCAAUGCGAUAUCGCAAGUGACCAUUAUCGCUAUUGGUGGUCCCUCGAUCUACUUCUACACCGACGACUCCAUCCAGUAUCCCGCUGGACCGCAUUUCUCCGACGUUUUCUUCGGUUCAGUACUGGGGGCCGUUGGACAACUCUGUUCAGUUCUCGCCCUUUUUGCUUUCGGUAAGUUCAUGAAGGGUUGGAAGUAUCGGACGGUUUAUCUAUCGAUGACGGCAAUGUUGGUGAUCUUGCAACUAGGCGACCCUAUCAUCUUCUCUCGACUUAAUGUCCGUAUCGGAAUCCCCGAUCAGGUCUUCGCUAUAGGCAGCACAGCCCUAGUGGCCGCGGUAUCUAUGAUACAAUUCAUGCCAGGAUUCCUUAUACUGUCUCAUUUAUGCCCUAAGAAUAUGGAAGCUACUAUGUUUGCCUUGUUGGCAUCCUUAUCUAACUACGCCCAGAAUGUUACGAAGCCUAUUGCAGGCUUCAUCAGCCAAUCCUUAGGCGUGGUCCCACGAGGCCUACCUGGUGUUGACGAAUCGCAGCAGUUUGACAACCUAUGGAUCGUGUCAUUGAUACUGAUAGGCUUGAGUACCACAUCCGUCUUCUUUCUCUGGUUGAUACCUAAUGCCAGGAUGAACGAGCGUAUCUUUUCCGAUGGAGACGAUACCUCGGCUACUUCUGGUUCGAUACUCGAUAGAUGGUUGCGAGGUAUACGCGGUUCUGAAGGGGAGGAGGAGGUCACUUCUAAGGCUUCUAAGUCCACUCUCAAACAAGAGGAAGAUCUUAUUACUUGAACUUGAUCAGUUUAAGUCACGGUAGGGAUAUAUCACCCUUUCGUGCUUAGUGGGCUUCUGUCGAAUCGUCAUACCUUAGCAUUUUCAUGAGAUGUAAUAAUUUCAAUAGACUUGACGGUGUACACUGUACAGUCGCUGAUAUUCACGACUAAUGAACUCGGACGGUGUGUAAUCCAUUAUGGAUUAUCGAUUACUAGUCGCCAGGAGCCGUUGCUUCCCUAUAAUGGCAGUCUUAGCGUUGUGGUAUGAUUUGCUCUCGGUUGAUUCUCUUUGACAUGUAGUAAUAGUAUCGGGAAGUCGAAAUCGCUCCGUUCGGG